UGCAUGAUCGAUAUCCCUAAGAAACAUACUUUUGGGAUCAUCAGGCUUUCACAUGAGGGUAAGAAACUUGCAUUGCGCCUCUGCAGUGGUUCUUUGAAUCCAGAUGUUAGAUUUUCGUCCUGUUAUUAUUCCUUCUUCAUUGGCAAUUCUUCACAGCGUCCAAAAUCUAAGUAAUGCUGAUAAAAUAAUUGGUGGUCCGUGUAGGUUCUCCUCUCGAAGAUUGGGGCGUCAUCCGCUACGGUGUCUACUCGAGCCGAGUCCACCUGUAAAACACCUCCCGAGCUGGAAAACUAUUCCGCCACCGUCACAUCGUGGGGAGGCAGGCUCGAGCGCGACGAUUGGAAAUCUGGAGAUACACUAAUCUGUGAUUGGGGCCCGGAGGGAGGAGUCUGCUGAAAAGGAGCGGGCGGGAGCAUUGCGCGUCCGAGCCUAUGUGUUUCAGCUCUAAUAUCUCACAUAUCAAUAAUUCAACGCGCAAGAAGAAGACCCCGCGCUAUGUAUUCAACUGCGCUUCAACUCGACAAGGGCCUCGUACCGCUCUCGACUGGUUAUUCGAUUACGGAGUGACAAGAAGGCGCGGGGAGGCUUGAGCCGAGAGGGGGGGGAAAAGUUAACAGCGGGAACGACUGGGUAAAGGGGGACUCUUCAUUAAAAAAAAUUAAAAAAUAAACGGGUAAACCAAACCUGUCUUUGACCUUUUCCAAUAAUUAGAGAAACACACAAGAGGAGGUUUAAUUCAAGAAGCGAAAAAGGAUUUGGUCAUUUUAAUAGGCUGAAUUUUGCGGAAGAGAAGAAGUACUAUAUUAUCUAUCGGAGAAAUCAGAAAACUAUCUCUUUCUUUGUGCGGGAUACAGCAACGAAGUGCAGAGUGAAGUUGCCGUAAUGUUGACGCUCCUACUGGGUGCAGUGUGGCUAGUGACUAUAGUGAACGCUCAAAACGAGACGGAACCCAUCGUACUCGAGGGGAAAUGUCUGGUUGUUUGCGAUUCCAACCCAACUUCGGAUCCCACCGGGACCGCGCUCGGGAUAUCGGUGCGCUCCGGGAGCGCCAAAGUGGCUUUUUCCGCGGUGAGAAACACAAACCACGAGCCCUCGGAGAUGAGUAACCGGACUAUGGUCAUCUACUUUGAUCAGAUACUUGUAAACGUUGGUAAGAAUUUCGACGAGGAAAGGAGCAAUUUCAUCGCCCCGCGCAAAGGGAUUUACAAUUUUAAUUUCCACGUGGUGAAAGUGUAUAAUCGCCAAACGAUCCAGGUAAGCCUGAUGCAUAAUGGAUGGCCUGUGAUCUCGGCCUUCGCUGGGGACCAGGAUGUGACUCGUGAGGCUGCCAGUAACGGAGUGCUGAUCCAAAUGGAGAAGGGGGACCGAGCCUAUCUCAAACUGGAGAGAGGAAACCUCAUGGGGGGCUGGAAGUACUCCACGUUCUCUGGGUUCCUGGUCUUCCCCAUGUAGAAGACAAGGAGACUGGAGGGACUAAUGCUUCUGAGCUCGGCUGCUUGGGAGACUGGAGACAGAGAGAGAGAGAUGAUGAAAGAUAUAGAAAGAGGGAGAGGAGGAGAGAAAAAGAUAUGGGAGAGGAAGUUAAAGAGAUGAGUAGGGUAUAAUUAGUUGGGCAGGCUCUCCAACACACUCACUCACUCCGCUGCCUGACUACAGCUCUGGACAGCCAAAACUUUUUUAUCCUCAGAAAUACUAUCAUUUAAAAACGUUAAAGAGAGUAAAACCUAGAGGCCAAGUCCACCCAUUCCCCCGCAUCAUCUCUUUCUGCAUCUGCUUUGAGGAAUGUGUCUGUAUUACCUACAGUGUCAAAGAGCUGCAUCAACCAUGUUUCCACAUUCUGUAUGGCCAUCCCCAUCCAUUUUCUGUGACUCCAUUUUUUUAAAUUUUUUUUAUGUCUGUGUACAGUCUGACAAUACAUUUUCUACAUCCCAUCCACUUCUAAUGUCAUUUCCAGUCCAGACAGAUACAGUACUGUACCAUCACGUCCUCCUCACUCCCCACCCCAUUUCUUCAUGUUUAUUGAUCCCCUGUUCAAUAAUCCUUCUGUCCUUUACUCCUCUCCUGCUCUUUUAUCCUCCCCUCUGCUGCUCCUCUUUCUAGCCUUCUCCACCCAUUAAGGAUUGGUUUGUCAUGAUUGCUUUGUCAUGAUUGGAGGAUUGCUGAAACUCUAAAGACUCCUGCUGUAUACUGGAUACAUAUAAAAUCUGAAAGUUUCUAUAUGAUAUAAUAUGUGAUUAACAGAAUCUGGUUGAAUAUCUGUGUUUCUGUAUUUUAAUGUUAAAACUUAGUGAUUGUGUGUGGAUUAUGAGGCUGCCCUUAACUACUGAUGCUUCUUGUUCUUGUUUCGGUCGAAAUGUGGCUAAACUGAAACUAUACCACAAAAACUAUAAAGGAAUUUUAUUCUGAUUAUUAACUGUAAAAUACAUGUGAAUAUUUAGAAGAGAGAAAUCCUCCCUUUUAUUUACCAAUCAAUCAAUCAAUUUAUCUAUUGUUUUUUAUUUGCUUUUAUCCAAUAAAAUAUAUGUGGUACUUUUAUUUGUCUUAAACCUAAUCCGAAACUCUCAUUGCGAUUAAUUUGCUGAAACCUAGUUGGCAUAACAUCCAUGACCGUCUCUCUAUCCAUCUCCCCAUCUUCCAAUGAAUUCCAAAAAGUUGGCUGGAGUAAGUGAUGAUCAAGAUGUAAUGUGUGUGCAUUUGUGUGCGUGUGCUUGAGAGCCAAAGAUCCACGUUGAUGUUCUUUAUGUGUGUAUGGCGGUGUGUGUUGUUCCCAUUGACGUUGUGCUACCUGCCUGGCCCAAGAUCCGUUGUAGAGAGAGAGAUUCAGUCUGGUGAUUGGGGGCUUCCACCACUCUUCUCUUACUGCUGCUCACUCUCAAGACUUUAAUGAGCUCCUGGGGGGAAAUUAGUGAGGGUAUAAUAAGCUCUACUGCUUAUACAAAGAUCAUGUUGUGUUCAUUUCUCCCAUUUUCUCUUCUGCUCUCUUCAUUCCCCUUUUCUCACACUUUCUACUUCCUAAUGAUAAACAUUUAAAGAGAAGGGAA